CUUUCUUAUAAACACUUCUCCUAUAUAAAAAAGUCGUUCCUUCCUUUGUGUGCAGCUUUCUCCUAGAACUCUUGUCUUUGGUUUAAAAGUACCAUAUCAUCGUAGCUUCUUUGUCAAUUAAAAGGACUUUCUCAAAUUUGUAAAUAGGAUUUAAGUAUACGAUAUUCCUUCUCUAUCCAUCUCAUUUUGCUUUGCUGUUCGCCUGAACUCCUCCUUCUUUGUUUUCAGAAAUUGUUCUAAAUUGUGAAUUUCUUUCCUACUUGUUUCGAAAUGACUACAGAAACAAUUGCAGACAUCCUCUCUUUACAAAACAUUCGCCUCAAGGCCCAAAAAGUUUUAGCCGUUGCCGAGAAAAAUGAGCUACAAGCCUUUGUUUACGAUCCCACCAAGCUUAACGCCGUGGCAGACUUUGUGGUAUCGAUCAUUCAAGCAGAUUUCAAAGGUAAAUAUGAAACGAUCCCUCCUCAUGGAAGAUGGCAACACUUUGAGGUUGGAAAUAAUCCACGACUUACUCAACUGAUUGAUGUUUGGACCGACCAAGGGGUAUCAUCUCUUGAAGUUUGCAAACGUGUCUUGGACAUAACCUUCCUUAGUGUUUUGCUAGAUGCAGGUGCCGGUGAUGCAUGGUCGUAUUUGGAUGGCGUAGAACGCUAUAGCCGUAGUGAAGGGUUAGCGGUUGCUAGUCUUCGUUGCUUUGAGAAAGGCAUGUUUUCCCAAAAUCCUAAAAAUCCCCAUCAAGUAGACGGUGCUGCUCUAAGUAAUUUGAAAACAGAAGCGUUGGCUGAGGGUUUUCAAGUUUCCAAACAAAACCCAAUUGCUGGCAUAGAGGGAAGAGCAUCCAUUCUUCGGGCUUUGGGAAACCAAUUGAAGGAUUCUCGUCCUAGUUUUUUUAUGGAUUCUAUAUUUCCAACGGGGGAUUUCUCUUCGGAAUGCCUCAAUGUUGAAACGCUGUGGUCUGAAUUACAAAGAGUAUUAAUGCCCAUUUGGCCUGAGCGUACAAAAUAUGAAGGGGAGAAUAUUGGAGAUGCUUGGUAUUUGUCAACCAUCGACUCUAUACAACCUUUCCAUAAAUUAACGCAAUGGCUCACAUACUCUCUCUUGGUCCCUCUAAACCGUUUGUUACAUGUACAAAUUGUCAAUGAAACACUUUUAACCGGAUUACCCGAAUACAGAAAUGGAGGGCUUUUCGUUGACCUUGGCGUAUUGAAGCUUCGUCCCGAAUAUCCCGUUACCGAAGAGUAUGAACCAGGCAGUGUUGUCAUUGUUGAAUGGAGAGCCAUGACCAUUGUCUUGCUUGACAAGCUACUAAACUUGGUAAAUGAGCGCUUGCAAGAAGAACUAAAGGCCCCACUGUCCUUGGCGCAAAUGCUGGAGGCCGGAAGUUGGAAAUCCGGAAGAAUCAUUGCUCGCAAAUUACGACCUACAAGUGCCGGCAGUCCUAUUCUCAUCAAAAGUGAUGGUACACUGUUUUAGUUUUUAUGAUCUCCUUUUCUUUGUUAUUGAAUGAAAUUCCAGGCGUUUAUGAAAAAUUUUCAAACUAAAUAACGGUUUUCCGAUGUAGAACAGCUUGUAAACGUCCUCCCCCUUUUUUUAGAUUAAAAAAGAAAAG